CCGCAUCUCCUUGUAAAGAAUGUAAUCGCGUAAUUCAAUGCUUGUCUUAUAAUAGACAAGAAUUCAUUCCAGUCCAAAUCUCAGCCAUCAAUCAUAUUUAACCAAAAAUUGUAUUCAUCGUCAUUCCUUACAUAAUCCCACACGGUUGGCUCCCCGUUCAUCUACCCCCGACACACAUAUUUAUACCCUCCAGAACUUCCGGAAACUCAACAGAGAUAUAACAAAUACAGGGACAAAAAAGAAUUGAGCAAACUCCAAACAUGGGAACAGAGGCUGAGGCUGCUGGGAUUGCGAAGAAACCGAGGUUUCUGUGCCUCCAUGGAUUCAGAACCAGCGGAGAAAUUCUCAAGAAACAGAUUAUGAAGUGGCCCGAUUCGGUGCUCGAUAAGCUGGAUCUUGUUUUCCCAGAUGGGCCCUUUCCUGCCCAAGGGAAAUCUGACGUUGAAGGCAUUUUCGAUCCUCCUUAUUACGAGUGGUUCCAGUUUAACAAGGAAUUCUCGGAGUACACAAACUUCGACGAGUGCCUUGCCUAUAUCGAGGAUUACAUGAUAAAGCACGGACCGUUUGACGGGCUCCUGGGUUUCUCACAGGGAGCGAUACUGUCGGCUGGGCUACCAGGGAUGCAAGGGAAGGGUGUGGCACUAAAGAAAGUGCCUAAAAUAAAGUUUCUUAUAAUAAUUGGAGGGGCAAAGUUCAAAUCACCAACGGUGGCUGAACAGGCAUAUUCUGCUCCAAUCCAAUGCCCAACCCUCCACUUUUUAGGAGAGCAUGACUUUCUGAAGCAAUAUGGGAAGGAAUUACUGGAAUCAUGUGUAGACCCUGUAGUGAUUCAUCAUCCUAAAGGACACACAAUUCCCAGAAUUGAUGAGAAGAGUUUGCCAAUGGUGAUGGAGUUCUUGGAGAGAAUUCAAAAGAUGAAUGUUCAAUGAUCUAGACGUAUCCCCUUGUUUCAAAGAGAAAGGAGGACGACGGGUUAGUCACAUUUCAUUUGAUGGUUGGAGGCGAACGGAAAGUUAAGCAAUGAUGAUUCUAUAUAUUUCUUGACAGAAAAAUUAAGAUGUCUUACGAGUUGCCCGUAAUAUGUGUAAGUAUCUAUGUAAUUUUAUAGAAUCGUUGAGCGAAUCAGCAUAUUUGAAUGUAAUU